AUGUACCAGGUUCCUGAAAAUGUUAAGGCUGCAAUUGAAUUCGACCCUUGGUUAAAACCUUACGGUCAAGUUCUUUCUGAAAGACGUUACUUGGCUGAUAAGUGGUCAUACGAUAUCAAACAUGCUACCCCUGAUGGAUCUGAACAAUCUCUAUCGCAAUUCGCCAGAGACUCUUACAAAUCUUAUGGUUUACAUGUGAAUCCAAAGACUAAUGAGAUCACUUACAAAGAAUGGGCUCCAAACGCUAAGAACGCUUUUCUAGUCGGUGAGUUCAACAAUUGGGAAAAAUAUACUCAUCAACUGGAAGGAAAAGAUGAAUUCGGUAACUUUAGUAUCACCAUACCACCAACUAAAACAGGUGAAGCCGCUAUCCCACAUGAUUCUAAAAUUAAAGUCAUGUUCCAAUUGGAAGACGGUACUGAGAUUUAUCGUCUACCUGCCUGGAUUACCAGAGCCACUCAACCAUCAAAGGAAACUUCUAAACAAUACGGUCCUGCUUACGAAGGUAGAUUCUGGAAUCCACCUCAACCAUACAAAUUUAAGAAUUCAAGACCAAAAUUCAAUGAGAAAUUGAACUCCUUAAGAAUCUAUGAAGCUCAUGUCGGCAUCUCAUCUCCUGAACCAAAAGUCACCUCUUACAAAGAAUUCACUCAAAAGAUCUUACCAAGAAUUAAAUACUUAGGUUACGAUGCCAUUCAACUGAUGGCUAUCAUGGAACACGCCUACUACGCUUCCUUUGGUUACCAAGUCACCAAUUUCUUUGCUGCAAGUUCCCGUUAUGGUACCCCAGAAGACUUGAAAGAAUUGGUAGACACCGCUCAUGGUAUGGGUAUCCUAGUCUUAUUGGAUGUCGUCCAUAGUCACGCUUCUAAGAAUGUAGAAGAUGGUUUAAAUAGAUUUGAUGGAUCAGAUCAUCAAUAUUUCCACUCUUUAUCCUCUGGAAGAGGUGAACAUCCACUAUGGGAUUCUAGAUUAUUCAAUUACGGCUCUUUCGAAGUCCAAAGGUUCCUAUUAGCCAACUUGGCCUACUACAUUGACGUGUAUAAGUUCGAUGGUUUCAGAUUUGAUGGUGUCACCUCAAUGUUAUAUCUACAUCACGGUGUUGGUGAAGGUGGUGCAUUCAGCGGUGACUACGAUGAAUACUUAUCAAAGGAAAGAUCCGCAGUUGAUCAUGAAGCAUUGGCGUACCUAAUGUUAGCUAACGACCUUGUUCACGAAUUAUUGCCUCAAUCUGCAGUUACUAUCGCUGAAGAUGUUUCAGGCUAUCCAACCUUAUGUUUACCUCGCUCGAUGGGUGGUGCUGGUUUCGACUAUAGACUUGCCAUGGCUUUACCUGACAUGUGGAUUAAAUUACUAAAGGAAAAGAAGGACGACGAUUGGGACAUUGGUAACAUUGUCUUCACUUUAACUAACAGAAGACAUGGUGAAAAGGUUGUAUCAUAUUGUGAAUCACACGAUCAAGCAUUAGUUGGUGACAAGACAUUAGCUUUCUGGUUGAUGGAUGCCGCUAUGUACACGGAUAUGACCGUACUCAAAGAACUUAGUUUAGUCAUCGACCGUGGUAUCGCUCUACAUAAAAUGAUUAGACUACUAACGCAUUCUUUAGGUGGUGAAGCUUACCUAAAUUUUGAAGGUAAUGAAUUCGGACAUCCAGAAUGGUUAGAUUUCCCAAAUGUUAAUAAUAAUGAUAGUUAUCAUUAUGCUCGUAGACAAUUCAACUUAGUUGAUGACCAUUUGUUACGUUACCGUCACUUAAACGAUUUUGAUAGAGCUAUGCAAUUAUGUGAGAAAAAACAUCAAUGGUUGAAUACUCCUCAAGCUUACGUCUCAUUGAAGCACGAAGUUGAUAAAGUUAUUGUCUUUGAGCGUAAUGGCCUCUUAUUCAUUUUCAAUUUCCAUCCAACAAAUAGUUUCACAGAUUACAGAGUUGGUGUUGAUCAAGCUGGUUGUUAUAGAAUUGUUUUGAAUUCUGAUCGUGAUGAAUUUGGUGGACACGAUAGAAUUGAUGAGAGUUCCAAAUUCUACACCACUGAUUUAGAAUGGAACAAUAGAAGAAAUUUUCUUCAAGUGUACAUUCCAAGUAGAACUGCCAUAGUCCUUGCUUUAGAAAAAUAG